UAAAAAAAAAAAAAAAAAAAAAUCAUGCAAACUGGAUGCUGAUUUCAUUUCGUCCCCCGGCGAGGAUUUUUUUAAAUUACAGCACAAAGGCGAGCAGUAAGAGGAUGAUAUCAACUGAAAAAAUGUAAUUGCUGUUUACAGAGCAGUAUUCACAUCUUGGCCAUCAUUUCUUCAACUUCGGAUGCGUAAUCCCAUGAAACCAAAGAAUAAAGGAAGACGAUUUACAGAAUUGACAGAAGACAGAGGGUUUACAAGUGCCCAGUUUGAAACUCCAGAAACUCCUAUUCCUUGGAAAGCCAUCGCUUUAGCCAUUGGGUUAUUUAUUGUCGGUGGUAUUCUAUUAGCGGUUGGCAUUUUGAUCAAACUUGGUUAUCUCGCUUCAGAAGAUCUUGUAGCAAGAGGAACACCGUUUAUUGUUCUUGGUAGUAUUAUGUUUAUACCAGGUGCCUAUCACUUGUACAUUGCCUAUUAUGCAUAUUACAAAUAUCCAGGUUAUGACUUUUCCUUGAUCCCUGAUUGGGAUUGAAGAGGUUUAUUUAUUGAAUCUUUUGCAAUUUAUUUGUUCAACGAGCCGAAUGGAGGCGAGCUUUCUCUUUUAGUUUUUGCUGCUAAGCUUCCAAUAAAUUAUGUAAAUAGUGUACUAUCAUGGGGGA